UGUCUGUUGCGCGUGCGCUCACUGAUAUCUACUGCGCAUGUUGUGGUGGAGGACGGAGGUCCGCCAUCUUGUCUGCAGGUUGGAUUUGCGGAUAUUGGGACCGAGGAAGAAAGGCGGAAAAACACAAGAGAACACAAGCGAUGCACCCCUCUAUAAUCAAGGAUGGAGGACAGUUGCAGAGCACCUCCCUCACCAGCUGGGCCCAGUUCGGUUGUCCCCUGUGCCCCAAGUUCAGCACAGCACAGGGAGAGACACUACGGAGACACCUGGGGGCCCACGUACAGAAUGCAGUGCAUCUCCAAGACACUAUCAUUUGCAGAUGCAACCUGUCGUGCAGAGACACGGGUCAUUACCACUGUCCAAACUGCACAAAAACAAUCGUGCGCAAAAGAGAUAUCACGUCACACGUGACUGGAUGUCAGAGACCAUGUGAUAAAGUACCACCGCCAUGUGAAACACCCUCCACUCAGUCAGCUGACGUCAGCCAAUCUGCACCUUCAUCAUCAUCAUUGGUCUUCACUCCCUGUGCUUCCCAAGAGAAGUCCGCACACGCUCCAGGAUGCACAUCUUCAACACCUGACUCGGAGCCUCACUCUCCCCUAUCUGCUCCAGAGGAUUCAAUCAUAAAUGAAGACCACUGCUACACACUUUGUCCCAAAGCUUCCCUCCUGUCCCCUUCUGUUGCACCACAGUCUUCUCCACCACCCUCAGCCUCACCCCCAAAGGCCUCUGAGUUGGAUCUAUCACCCAGGGAAGAAGUCAGUGCUGCUGCUGCUACUGCUCCUGCACGCUCUGAAACAACAGAGCUGACAUGUUUUCGUGUGGCAAAUUUGAAAUCAGUGAAGUGUCCUCACUGCUCCAUCGUCCUUUACAAAAAAAAUCUGUCAGUACACAUGCAAAGGAAGCAUGCAACGCUCAAAGACAUCACAGGUUCAUCUCCCCUGGAAUAUGUUGAUAGAAAUUGCAGCACAGGGACACCGGUACCAAGCAGAGGUCACCUGAGCCGAGGGGAGUCGGUUGUUAUCAUCUUAUUAAAAAAAAUAAACAAGUGACUGAAUAAAUAACACUGAGUUCACAAACUUUUUUGCAUGUGAGAAAUAUCGACUCUUAUGCUGGAGGGUUUGAGUCUUUACAGAAUGAAUGAGGGUAGUGGUGGAAAAUGGGAGGUAGAGAAAUUGUACUGGGGGCGUUUUGGGGUUUUAUUGUAUUAUCAUUGGAGCAUUGAACAUAUAUAGAACAUUCCUAUAUACAUAACUAUACAUGAAUAUAAAUGGAAUGGGACAAUUUGGGUAAGCCGAACAAGACACUUUUUUAUGGUCUUAAAUAAGAAGAUGUACUAGGGGGAGUUUGGGUGUUUUAUUGGAUUAUUAUCAAAAUAUAGAACAUUCUUUACAAAUAUAGCUGGUACAAUGGGGGAAAGCCAAACAAUACACUUCUUUAUGUUCUAAAAUCAGAGGAUACACUAGGGGGCGGUAUGAGCGUGAUUUCAGCCGGUGAUGAAGACGAAGAAGUGAGACUAAUAUGGACAGAACCAGGAGGUAGAAGCUGCUCGGACACAAAGAGACUAAACACCGGGUCUGGUCCCUGAGUAGCUGCGGUGGUUUGAUGAGCAGAAGUAGUUAUCCCCUUACUUCAUACGUGGCUUCAUUUGGAAGGACCAGUACGGACAUGUCAGUGGAGUGCUCCCUGUCACCUCCUCCUCCUCCUCUUCCUCCACCACCUCCACCUCCACCUGCUCCUGCUCCCCCUCCUCCAGCCCCAGCAGAUAGGAAGAAGAAGCUGUAUCAGACCAUAGCCAGCAGCAGGAGUCCAGUGGAGGGAGACCACACUGAGGCCUGCUCCCUGCUCAGCCAGAGGGACAGCAGUUUUAGGAAGGACCUGCAGUGGAUCCUGGUGAACACAUACGUGCCUUCUCUCAUCCAGGAUGGUCCUCAGUGUGGUCUGGUGGCUUUGUGGAUGGCUGCUCACCUGCGUCAGCCCCGGCUCAGUGUCGACAUGGAGGCCGUGGUUCAGACGGCACUGAGCAGAGGAUACACAGCGCAGGGUGAAAUGUUUUCAGCCAACAACAUGGCCCUCCUGGCAGAAGAGGUUUGCGGCUGUAAGGCCGAGCUGCUGUCUGGAGGUUUGAGUGGUGACAAUGCUGCAGCUGUCGUCACACAUCUGUGGGGGAGACAGCCCGUUCUCCUCCCAUACGACGAGGACUACAACCACGAGCCGUGCCAGCGCAGUGGCCACAGGGCGCACUGGGCCGUCGCCUCAGGAGUUCUCCUCGGGUUGGAUCAGGGGAGUGUGAGCAGUAGUGGCGCCCAGCCGGAUCCCAGUCUUCCCUGGCUUCACCUGCCCAGCGACACCAGCUCCCCUUGUCCCGUCCGCAGCACGGGGCUCAGAGAGGUUUACGUCCUGGCUAAGCAGGGUAAGAGCCUGCGCUACCAGCUGUGGAGCCUGGACAGCGUGGCUCGGAGCAACGAGCAGCUGAGGACGAUGGACCCUCAGAGAGCCGGGGACGGGAGCCGGUAUGUGGUUCCUAGCGGGGACGUGGAGGCCGGGCUGGCUGGACAGGCGGUGCUGCUGCACACGAGGACACAGGAGCACUAAAAAGUGUUGGUGCUGCUUGAAUCAUGGAUGUAAACUGCAAUUGAGAACAUGCAGGGAACAGUUCAAAGUAAUAAUGAGAAGCUGAGGGGCAUCACAGUGGAUUCUUAUAAUGCAGCAUGACUGAGCCUACAGUAAAUUUACAGGGCUGUGAAAAAUGCUUUAAAGCUGAGUUUCACACUGUAAAGAAACUGUAUUUGGCCAAAUACUGAUGCAGCCUGGUUGUUGAGUCUACUAGUGAUGGGUGCUUUGAGAACAUUUAGAGCAAACUGCUAUUUAAACAAACCUCAGGGAGAUUUCUCUUCGUAUAAGGCCUUAGUGGUAAAUUAUAUGUAAUAUAAUGAAGAAUAAGAGGCUCUUGAAAUGCUGUUGGUCCUGAAGAGCACAUUAACUCCAUGUUACCUCAUUAAUGUUCAGCAAAAAAACUGAUCAUGAUCUCCGUAUGAAGUGCCUGUGGUGUAAACAUGGUGUCUAUUAUUUAUGAAUAGCACAUGACAUAUUAUAUUAAUUACACAAUGCAAAGCUCACAGUGGUGCAGGCUGUAAGUGGUUCACUAGUUAAAAAAGAAUCUAGCUGAACGAUAUGAGAUAAAUAACGUGUUUUAAACAUGACAGCAUGUGAAACUGUUCAAGUAGACCUCCCAAAUUAACAUGUGAAAUUAUGACAAUGCAAGUGGAUAGAAUAUGAGUUUUAAUCACAAUUAUAAACUACAUAUAAUGUGAAAAGACUUGUUACACACCCAUAGACCAGAACAACUGAAUUCAAACUAAGAAACUGCAGCUGUUUUUAUGGAGAAUUACAUUUUUGUGCGGCAGGUUUACAACAUGGUGAAAUCAUCACAGAGUGAAUGUGAUGUUUAUACAAUAAAUAGUUUCAUGUAGGAGGUUUUGUUUUUAUCUGCGUUUGUGUGUUGGCAAGAUUACACAAAAACUCUAGAACUGAAUUCCAUUGAAAUUUUAUUAAGUAAUGGGGCAUGACCCAGGGGAAAUCCCAUAACAUGUUUGUGCAGAUCUGGAUUUAACAUUGUGUGAUUGGAGUUUCUCUAUUUUUCUUGAUUUGUCAGAGGAUUAUUAAUUUAUUUUAACAGAUUUUUAUGAAUGUGGCUCAGAUCUAAAUUAAAAUGUGGAUCUAGUAAAUCUAAACGUGGUUUCAUGAGUAGACAGUGGGGCCUUAACAGAGGCUUGCGCUCUACUCCGUGACAUUUUGCUUUAAUAUUUUUUCAUCUCGAUUCACCACUUAUCUGUACAUGUUUUGCAAAAUAGGGGAAAUUAUAGUUAUACACUGAAAUCCAUAUAGGAUCGAUAUUUAAAGAGCCAUGUGAGUUGUGUUGUGUGCGACAGUGAAAACAAAAACAAACGUUAAAAUUUCCAGUUUAUUGCAAUCCACAACCUUCUGGACAAAGCAGGGACGGACAACUUUUAAAACGCGCCGUCUUCAAAAGAUACAAAAUGUGGCUAUGAAUCCAGUUUUCUUUCCGAUAGAGCAGCACCCAGUUUGAAAAGCUGACAGUUUGCCAUUUUUACAAAUAAAGAGGAUUUGUGGGUAAAGAAAUAUAAACACUUUGUAAACAUUAG